GAGCUCUGAACAGCCCAUGCCCAUCCUUCCCACUCAAUGCUACCGCAGGCGACUAAAUGACAUCAAGAGGGACGUUCAAGAAAAGCUUCAAGAAACUUGAAGAAAGAGGUUGAACGACUAGAAUUGUAUUUCUAACUUGAAGAAUGAAGUUUUGCACAAUAUCACGUUCAUCGUGGUCCUCGUUGUUGAACUGCGCAUAGCCAGAUACCAUUCGUGCCAGUUGUUGAGGCCCUCGGAAUCUCCAUACUUACAGUCGGGAAGUCGUGAAAUUUUCAAGUCCAGGAUAGCCCAGCUACGCCAAGAUAAAUAAAAAGUGUUUGUUACCAAAGCUUUGAGGUUGGAACAUGAUCAGGCCGGCUUUUUUCUUGCUCCUCUUUCUCGUCGUGCUAGGAACUCUUGAAGGUACACAGUCUCAAGAUCACGCUCUCGCUUCAUUCAGCAUCCAAGAGGGCGCAUGCAGGUGUAAGAAGACUAGAAGUACGGGGAAUUUCUUGUGCUCGGGAAACGCUACGACUAAUGCAAAAGGACAUCUGAUACUCAUACCUGAUGGUGGGCAGGUGCGGAAUGAAAGCUACCAAAACUACUUUUCCACAUUUGGGGUGGCUCUCUACGAGCAGCCGAUCCAACUGCUGAAUUCAUCUUCGCAAGAGGUCGUCUCGUUCAAUGCAAGUUUCAGUUUCCAGAUGGAGCAAGGUCCAAAGGGAGCAGGCGACGGCAUGGCGUUCAUCAUGUUUUCAGAUAAAGGAAUGGUCGGAAGUGCUGGAAGCUCCCUGGGUAUAUUCGAUCCUUACGGAAGUAAUGUGGUGGAAACCUUUGCGGUGGAAUUUGAUACCUAUCAGAACUUAGACCUCGAUGACAUCAACGAUAACCAUGUUGGAGUAGAUCUAAACGGAGCCAGGUCCACCAAGUUCAUCAGUGCUCCUUUCGAUCUUGCGAGUCCGAUGGCGGCGAGGGUGCGGGUUUACGGGUGGGUCGACUACGAUUCUAGUCUAGAACUUCUAGAGGUGAGACUAGAUAAAUCGUCUAAGAAACCUGCAAACCCAUUGUUGAGCCACUCUUUCAAUUUUCUGACGUUUUUUAGCAAUGAGGAAGUGUGGGUGGGUUUCUCCGGCUCAAAUGGAUAUUGCGAUUGUUACAGCCACUAUACAAUAUACGAUCUGAAUUUCAGUAGCUGGUUCCCUGGACCUGAUGUGCCUUCCCCACCACUGCUCGUAACUCCUCCGGUUCCAGGUCCAGAACCCCUCAUCCGGCGACAGAAUACAACUGCUAUGACCACCAGCCGUGCGCCACUCUCCUUGGUUGUCAUCGGAGGAAUCGCGUUUGGAAGUGUAGCCAUAAUAUCUGCGACGGGUUUCAUCUCUUGGUGCGUAUGGGCUCGACGAAGGAACAGACUCAGAGUUCAGAAAGCUUCUGCAGCCAGCCCAUCAGGAACAGAGGAGUCACCGAUGUCUGGAUUUUCUGAAUCCUUACAAAUUUUCACGUUCAAGGAGUUAGAAUUGGCCACGAAGAAUUUCGAUGAUGCUCUGAUUCUCGGAGAGGGUGGGUUUGGAAGAGUGUAUCGGGGCCAAUUGCCUGGCUCGAAACAGUUGGUGGCCGUGAAGAAAGUGAGCAGUCAUUCGAAGCAGGGGGCGAGGGAGUUUCAAGCUGAGGUGAGAAUCAUCAGCCAGCUUCGGCAUCGGAACAUCGUCCGGCUGCUCGGGUGCUGCAUACAAGGGCCAGAAAACUUUCUUCUCGUCUACGAGUUCCUCCCCAAUGGAAGUCUGCACGAUGCCCUUUUUACACAAAAUCCGCGCUUACUUUCAUGGGCAAUGAGGUUCAACAUUUUGCAAGGACUUGCUGCUUCCCUGGAUUAUCUACACGAAGGGUGGAAAAAGCAGGUGCUCCAUCGAGAUGUGAAGUCGAGCAAUGUCAUGCUCGACGACGAUUUCAACGCCAUGUUGGGAGACUUCGGGCUGGCUCGCAUGGUGGCCCAUCGUCAGAUGCCUGCUGCCAUCACUGCCGUGGUUGGAACUUACGGUUACAUUGCCCCAGAGGCGGCCAUGACAGGAAGAUUCACACCUAAGACGGAUGUGUUUGCAUUCGGAGCUGUAGCUGUGGAAAUUGCGUGUGGGAGAAAAGCUUUCGACGAGAGGCAUCCUGGUGAUUUCCUGGUCAACUGGGUUUGGAGCAAGAUGGCAGCUGAUGAGCUUCUUAGUUGCGUGGAUAACAGACUGGUGGGCAAAUGUGAUUUGCAGCAAGUGGAACUCGUUCUCCAUUUGGGUCUUCUGUGUUCCCAUCCAGACGCUGGCGAGCGUCCAACAAUGCAUAAAGUGAUCGAGAUUCUGUCUGGCACCCGGGAAAUGCCAUCCAUUCCGAGAUCCAAACGCAUACCAGAGUACAGCCCCGAUGCAUACACGACUCGCAUGCACAGGUUCACUCCAACAGCUGAGACACCACUGAACAUACCGGGGCUAGAACCGCAAGGCCAGAUAUCUAUGUUCUCAUCGAACACAACCAGCAUCUUGGGAUCCAGAUCUUACAGCACCUCCGGUGUAGAUUAUUCAGAUAGCAUAGAUUAUGCGGACGCAACGUACAAAUCAUAGCUCCCCCAAGACAUGAUUGAGUUUGGAUUGUAAGGUGCCUUACAUAUUAUAGCAUUCACUUGUCUUUUAGAAUCAGACGUGGAUAAAAUAUCAAUUGUACACAAAUUCCUGAUUCUGCAUUAGUUACUUACCUGAAAUGGGAGGAAGGUCACGGGAAAUGUGACGAGGAUAGGAACCAAAAUAUAUAAGUAAUAU